ACUACACGCAAGCCAAAAAGGUUCAGGAACGUAAUGCACACUUACUUUGUUACAUUGCAAUGCUGAAAAGGUGUCUGUGCUUUCAUAUUCAUACUGAGAGAGGUUUUCAUCUUCAGAAUAUGAAGGUCAUUAGUUAUAACCGCAUCAUUAAUCCCAGUUUUUUGCUCAUAAAUCAUGAGUUGCCUUCCAACACGUUCCAUCGACCCCGGUUAAUAUCCACUUCAGCUCCAAGUAUUUCAAGUUUCAAUAUGAAGAAAAAGGACUUGAUGAUGAGAUUACCGUGCUGCUUUACUACGAGAGCUGCUCUUUCAUCUUCAGUGAAGACAGACACUUACAGUGGAAGUAAGAAACAAAAGAGCUCAUCUUUCUACACUCAUCCUAGUUUAUUAGAGAUGAAGAAUGAGAAGGCAGCCAACCGUGUACGUGUUUAUGAAUUCUUGAGAGGUAUUGGCAUUGUACCUGAUGAGCUCGAUGGAUUAGAGCUUCCUGUGACUGUGGAGGUCAUGAGAGAACGUGUGGACUUUCUUCACAAAUUGGGACUCACAAUUGAAGAUAUUAACAACUAUCCUCUUGUUCUGGGAUGCAGUGUGAAGAAGAACAUGAUUCCUGUGCUUGAUUAUCUGGGCAAACUGGGUGUUAGAAAAUCCACCUUGACAGACUUUUUGCGGCGGUACCCACAAGUUCUACAUGCAAGUGUGGUGGUAGACCUUGCUCCAGUUGUGAAAUAUCUUCAAGGCAUGGAUAUUAAACCAAAUGAUAUUCCGCGAGUACUGGAGAAAUAUCCUGAAGUGUUGGGGUUCAAACUUGAGGGCACAAUGAGUACAUCAGUUGCUUAUUUAGUAGGAAUUGGAGUGGCAAGAAGAGAAAUUGGUGGGCUUCUGACUAGAUAUCCUGAGAUAUUAGGGAUGCGAGUAGGUCGGGUAAUAAAACCAUUUGUAGAAUAUCUGGAAGUCUUGGGAAUUCCGAGGCUAGCUGUGGCUAGACUGAUUGAGAAGCAUCCUCACAUUCUUGGGUUUGGACUACAAGAAAGGGUAAAACCAAACAUUCAAUCCCUUUUACAGUUUCAUGUGAGGGAAGCCACACUUCCUUCAGUAAUUGCACAAUAUCCUGAGAUCUUAGGAAUCGACAUGGAGGCAAAGCUUCCAAGUCAACAAGAAUUUCUCAAUUCAAUAAUUGAAUCUACUCGUGAAGAUUUUGGGCGAGUUAUUGAAAAGAUGCCACAGAUUAUCAGCCUCAGUAAAGCACCUGUAGUGAAGCAUGUUGAUUUCCUCAAAGGAUGUGGUUUUUCCUCGAAACAAGUGAGAGAAAUGGUCGUGGGAUGUCCCCAGGUACUUGCUCUAAAUCUCGACAUUAUGAAGCAGAGUUUUGAGUAUUUCAAAACCACAAUGGCAAGGCCUUUGGAAGAUUUGGUUGCUUUCCCUGCUUUCUUCACUUAUGGUCUGGAGUCCACAAUAAAACCAAGACAUAAAAAGAUCGCUGAGAAGGGCUUAAAAUGUUCCCUGGCAUGGCUUCUUAAUUGUUCUGAUGAGAAAUUUGAUCAGCGGAUGAGUUACGACAUUAUUGACAUGGAAGAAAUGGAAGUAGGUGAAUCAUCCUUCGAUAUGAAUACUCUACUGGAGCCCAGAAAUGAUGAAUCAGCCUCUGAUUACGACGAUGAUUACAGUGAAGACGACAAUGUAUAGACUACUCAAGUGGAUGUUCUGUUCACCCCCAGAGUAUGUAAAUGCUAACUAUUUCAAAUUUUCUGAGUUUUUGAAUGGCCAUGAAGGUGGCCAAUGGAGUUUAUCAAACUGAAUAUAGAAAGGGGAUAUAAUGAUUGUUGAUUGGUCCCAAUUUCUGAAAAUGAAUCUUAGAAGUUAGAACCUUA